AUGGAUGAACAUAUAAACAAUUUAAAACUUCACUUCAAUGAAGUUAUAAAUGCUAGCGAUAAAAUAUCAGUUUGUGAAGAAGAUUUUAAUAUAAGUGACAACGAAAGUGAUACUAGUGUUACGAUAUUAAAAAAAUUUGAAUUUAAUAAUUUAAAUGUCCGACAAAAAGACAGUACAUUGAUAGAUAUGCAAGGUAUAGGUGAUAUGGCAGAUCCUGUGAAUGAUAUAACAAAUUCUAAUUCACAAUCAACGUAUUGCGAAACACAAAAAUCAAAUUUAAUGUCCUUAGAAAAAAUGCCGGAUGAAAACACAUGUUUUUCUUCUUCUCAAAAUAAUAAUAUUCUCAAAGUUACUUCUAUACUUGAUUCUGAAGCUACUGAGUUAUACGCAGCUUACGCGUUUACAGACAAACAUACACAUGUCAGCCAAAGCCAAGAUAAUUUAGUAAUAUCUAAUAAAUAUUUCUUAUCAAAGUCAGAUACAAUUAAAACUUGCGAACAAACUUUAGAUGAUAAAAAUAUACACAAAGAUAUAAAUUUUGAUGCUAAUAAUAAUAUAGUGGCAAAUGAUAAUAAUUUGAAGUUAGCUGGAGUCAAUUUGGAUAACAACAAUAAAUUACAGGACAAAGAUGAAAUAGUAAUAACUGUUAGUGCUAAAACAAUGGAAAGCAAUAUAAAUAUGAAUUUUUCUCCAGAUUUUAUUGAAUUAUUCGAUGAAAAUGCCAAAAAUAUAAACAAUUCGCAAAAAAAUCAAAAUAUAAACAAUAUCGAUAAUAUUCAGAAUGAGACAGCUGAUUUAGAGUGUAGUCAAUUUACAUUAGAUUUGUCUUUUAGAAAUAAAACGAAUGAAAAAUUACAAACAAAAAUUUCAAGAAAGAAUACGCAAUUUCCCCAAAACACAUAUUCAUUUGAUGAAUUCGAAUAUUUUACUGAUUCAAGUCAAAAUUUUAGUUUAAACUCAUUAUUAAAUGCUAGAGAAAAAGAAAAUAUAGAAUUUUCUCAAAUAAAUUGUGUUAAUAACAGAGAAGAAAAACAAGAUAAUAUAAAAGAUAUCGUUAAAACAAAAGAUAUUGUUAUAAAUGAUGGAAAAAUUGAAGUUUCUAAAGCAAAUUUCAUUUCGAACGCUAAAUUAAAUGUUAAAAUAGACGAAUUAGAUGACGAAAUGGAGUUUAUUUCAAAGGACACAUAUGACAUGCAAGAUGUAACAGAAUCUCAAGUAGAUAUAGUGACAUUUAAAGUUCUAGAAGAAUUGAAUAACGUAAAGAAUUAUUUGAACAGAAGAGAAAGAAGCAGCGAAAGAUACAGAAGUAGUCAGUUUGAAGCUCUUAUUAAUGUGUCGGACACUAGUGUUUUGUCGGUGUCUGGUAUAAACGAGUCCGCGCAUUGCUUGCUGCGGCACAUCACUAGCAGCGCGUUGCUCUCGCGCACCAUGCACAUCACUAGCCAUGUGUCUAAAGUUUUGGGUAACCUCAUAGACAAUUUGCACGAAGAAGAAAAAUAUCCGCCCUUUUUAGAAAGUUUAUUGGAAACAGUCGAUAAUUUGCUACGAUAUAUACACACGGGGGAUAAUUGCGAAGAGAAUAUUAUAUUAAAAAAAGAACAAGCCAUCAACCGCUUAUUCCUUCUCAAUAGAUCCAUACACAUCAUACAAUAUUCCAUACAAAAAAUCACCUCCAUUUUACAAGAUACCAUACAAUAUAUAAAAAUGGAUUGUUUCGAAAUCAAACACCCAGAUAUAGCUGAGAACAUCUGCCAUAUCUUCCAUAUUCUGGAGAUAUUAUUACACAGACAUACAAACAAACAAACACAAAACAAAAGUCAAACACAAAGCAGCCAAAGUUCCCAGGAAACUUUGAGAAAGAGUGCGUUGACAGAAACUUGGAGGAGAAGAUGGAGUGGGGGGGAGAUGUUAGGGGGAGUGGAAGUUAGGGAAGAGAAGUUAAGGGAUAGUAAGAGUUGUGGAGCGGAUAAAGUUUUGAAAGACUGCAGUAAAGCUUUGCGGUCUUUUCUAGUAGACGCGAUGGAUGGGUUUGGUCUUCUUGCUUUUUCAGCUCUGAAUUGUUACAACAUGUUGCAGAAU